UUGCUUCAAGUCUGAAUCGAAGUAGGCUAGCUAGAUAUCGCCAAGCGUACUUUCCAUAUUUCUCUAUGUUCAAAUAAAUAUUCUGUACAUAGAUAGUCUUGUAAAUGUAUUAUUUUAAUUUUUUUUAAUAAUCCGAAAAUAAUUUUCAUAGCAAUCAACGACAACUGUUGGAUCGAAAUCUUCGCCUCAUCCAGCGUUUAUAAAUCAAGCAAAUAGCUACUUGCUAGCGAUUUAGCGGCUACGUUAGCUAUCUAAUCGGUUAGGGAGCUAACAAGUGACAAUUCACAAAGGUAAACAAACCAACCGCUAGAAGUUGAAGGGUGGGAUGUGGAUAUCAUUUAUGUAACCUGCCGUGUUUUUUGCAAAAUGGACCAUGGAGGACCUUUGCAACGCGAGGACUGUAAUAUCGUUUAACGAGAUGAGAAAUACAGCGACAUUCCAAUAGCAACGUCGCUACUGAAAAACAAUACCAAUCCUGAAUCCCUCGUCCAUUUACAUGGUGAAAGCCACCCGUAAAGGCCUGGUGUUAGUUUUUAAGAUAGCUAACUGCCCCUAGACCAUCAAAUCCACCUUUGUGCAGUAGACUGCAACAGCCCGUGCCCUGGAAACGUCACCGUUGUCACAGGAUUUGGAUAAUGCUGACACUGAUGCACCUGAGAGAGAACCCUCCUUCUGUCUGACACAACGAGCUGGAUUUAACACGCCCUCCCCUCAGUACCCCCAUCUCCUGCACCUGAACCAUGUGAGGGCCCCUCGCUCUACUUUGAGGGGAUCCCAGGACUGUUGUGUAAAAGCAGCCGCUGAGCGGGGCCAGAGUGAACCUGUGUGUGAGCAAGCAGUCUUCCCCCUAACCCCCCACCCACAUAUUCCCGCCCCCCUUCCCGUUGGGAACGCGCCAUGAUGUUCCGAGACCAGGUGGGCAUCCUGACGGACUGGUUCAAGGGCUGGAACGAGUGUGAGCAGACGGUGGCGCUUCUUUCCUUGCUGAAGAGAGCGUCUCGUACCCAGGCCCGCUUCCUGCACAUCUGCCUGGAGCACUGGCUGGCAGACUGCACUGAGAUCCACAUCCUGGAGGCUGAGGCCAACAAUGCAGACAUUGUGAGCCAGUGGCACCAGGAGCCCAUGGAGAAGGCGGUGUCCCUGCUGCUGUCCCACCUACCCCUGCUGCAGCCCCGCAACAGCGAGGCCAAGUGUGAGUACAUGAAGCUGCUGCAGAAGGUGCUGAGCUAUACCAUCGAGAGCAGCCUGUUUGUGGAGGAGAGCAGACAGCUGCUGUCCUACGCCCUCAUCCACCCGGCCACCACCCUGGACGACCGCACCUCGCUGGCCAUGUGGCUCAACCACCUGGAGGAGCACCUCUCCAGCGGCUACCCAGCACCCUCCUCCCGGCCCCCCUCCGGCCCCUACCACCCCCGCCAGGGUUCAGAUGAGUGGCCGGGCUCCGCGGAGGGCCUGGACCCUGGCCACGGCUGGCUGGACAAGCCCCCCUCCUCCAGCUCCUCCCCUGCAGGGCAGAAUGGACACAUGUCUUUCCAGGGUGGGAUGCUCUCGCCCAUCAACAGCAACAACGCAGGCAUGGGUCAGAUGGGCCAGCCCAGUCCUCUGAAGAGGUCCUUGUCCCUGAUCCCCUCCAGUCCCCAGGUCUGUGGCGCAGAUUGGCUGAGCCAGGACGACCUGGGGGGGCGACAGGCCUUUGACCACGCGCCCCUGUCCCCCCAGAGUAGUGUUGCAUCCUCAGGCAGCGAGCAGACUGAGGACCAGGGCUCCAGAAACACCUUCCAGGAGGACGGCAGUGGCAUGAAAGAUGUGCCCAUGUGGCUGAAGAGCCUUCGUCUUCAUAAGUACGCAGCACUUUUCUCCCAGAUGACUUAUGAGGAGAUGAUGAUUCUGACAGAGCACCACCUGGAGUCACAGGUUUGUCAUCGUUUGUCACAGAAUGUGACCAAAGGUGCGCGGCACAAGAUAGCCCUGAGUGUCCAGAAGCUGCGAGAGAGGCCAAGCGUUCUCAAGUCUUUAGAGAAGGAUAUACUGGAGGGGGGCAACCUGCGUAACGCCCUACAGGAGCUACAGCAGAUUAUCAUCACCCCCAUCAAGGUCUACAGCUACAGCCCUCCCAGUGUUUCCCACAGAGAUAUGGAGCGGACUGGAUCCCCCUCAGAGCACUCCAACCCUGGGGAGGACAAGGACCUGGCCCAGGAGGGCUUCCACAACCCCCCUCCCUGCGACGGGGAGUCCUCAGCCACACCCAUCUCAGACCGCGACAUUGCUGGCCAGUUCACGCGUGUCAUGGGUAAAGUGUGCACUCAACUACUGGUGUCCAGGCCGGAUGAGGAGAAUAUCAGCUGUUACCUGCAGCUCAUUGAGAAAUGUCUGACACAUGAGGCUUUCACAGAGACUCAGAGAAAGAGACUGGUCUCCUGGAAGCAGCAGGUUCUCAAACUGCUCCGCCUGUUCCCAAGAAAAGCCAUGCUGGACAUGCCUGUGUACCGACAGAAAGGCUGGGCAUAUGGUUCCAACUCCCUCCCCACAGCAGGCUCUGUGAGUGCUGGGGGUCUGGCGCGUAGGGGGCAGAGGUCAUUCCAGAUGCCCCCUCGUGGCCUCACUGCCGGGCGCAUGGGUCUCCUGAGUCCAGGUGGCAUCGGGGUUGCCUCCCCACGCCACACCCUCACCAGCCCCACACUGCCAGGCCACGGCAGACAGAACCUGUGGUUUGCCAACCCUGGGGGCAGCAACAGCAUGCCAAGCCAGAGUCGCAGCUCAGUGCAACGGACCCACUCACUCCCUGUCCACACCUCCCCGCAAACCAUGCUCCUGUUCCAGCAGCAAGAAUGCCAAGUUCCAGGUGCAGACCUGGAGAUCAACCCCACCCUGGAGUCACUGUGCCUCAGUAUGACAGAGCAUGCCUUAGGGGAUGGAAUGGACCGAACAUCAACAAUAUGAAAUUAAAAGCAGUGAAAGGAAGAAACCAAACUGACACUUCACUUCAACUGAGGCCUGUUCAGUUCCUCUUGCCCAGCACAAAAAUAUAUGCUUAAAAAAGAAAGCGAAAUGGUCACUACAAAACGACAACUAACAGUGUAUAUGUUCUCUGAUAUUUUUCUACUUUAUUAUACUUAACUGAGUUUAUUAUAAAUGGAAUACAGAUGACUAUUAUAUUACAGGAGGGAGAAGAGGUUACUUGUGCAACUUGCUCAAUGUCUUCUGCAGGACUGUGACAUUAAAAGGAGCAGAUUGAUGCUCUGAGUGUUGAGCUUUGAGAGGAACAUGGAGGAUUGGUGCUGUCUUAAGGGGGUUCUAACUUAAAUGUUUCUCCCCUUUUCCUCCCAGAAAAAAAUCCACGCAGAGCCACGCCUCACACCCCCAGAUACUUUAACUGUAUGGUCAGGGUCUCCCAACCAGGAGUAAGGCACUUGGCCUCCCAAUUGGGCGCUAGAACAGAAAUUAAUCACACGCAUGACCAGCCUGUAGCACGGCUCUGAUCCUUGAACACAACUACAGCUGUCUACACAACCACCCUACCCUGCUACAGCCAGAGCUAGUUAGGCCCUUACAGUAGACACACCCUGGCUCAUUCCCCUCACUUACCCAACAUGGGUAUUACUGGCUCUGACACCUACUCACCUCUACUAGGCCAAAGAGAAGGGCUCUGUGUGAAUACCUAUGUUAGACUGAUGUUUGGAGUGGCCAAUGUGACAUUAGACAUGGUAAUUGUUAAAACAAUGGCGGUUUGAACGUAGCAUGCCAGCUGCAACUUGUCCACAUUGAUAUUUUUGCCCUUCUACAAAAAUGAUGAUGAAUCUCAUUUGCAAGUUAAGGGCAGAGGGAAAACCCCACAGGGUUGAAUAAGGACUGGUAUGGUUUCUUCUGUGGGGGCUGUGAGAACUUGCAUUGGUAAAGAAAAUGAAAAAAAUCCAAGGGGAGCUGUUAGUGCAUGUGUUUUCAAGUAGUUACCUCCCUAUGUUAUACUGGGUGAGGAAGCUUAAUGAAUUCAUCUUCUACCCUGAGGCCCCAAUAUGACUGGUUCUGAAAAAUGCAAAGGAAGCACCGUCUCUGCCACUCAGAAUGAACCAGUACCCACCUCCUCACCCUGCCCUCUCCUCAACAUAGCCUGUGUGGAGAUCUGCGGAAUCAUACUUUUUAAGUAGCCAGAAUAGAUUCCCACCCUGCGCUUUCUUACAGCUGCACUGGGGUUGGACAGCCUUCCUGUU